CUCACACGCGAGCUCCAGCAGCCCAGUCUGCUCAAAUCACAUUUCAUGUACGUGAAUUCCUGCAACCGCAACCCAACCUGUCCCUCAAAGUACGAUGCUCACUCUUCGUCCUCUCCCCUUCCUGACACAGGUACCCGCUCUUCAUUACAGAUAUCCCGAAUAGCGCGGUAGACCUCCCCAGCAUGCCAGGUCAAAAACGUUGGUCCGUCGAUCGUCUUGCCGGCUUCCUCGGCCCCCUCGUCCAAAAAGGUCUGCGCUCCGUCAUCCUCUUCGGUAUCCCCGAAGUCAAUCGCUCAGGAAAAGACGGUCGAGGCUCAAUCGCGGACGAUCCGCAGGGACCAGUGAUCCAAGCCAUCAAACUGCUGCGUAAGGAGUUCCCUACCUUGUACGUGGCAUGCGAUGUAUGCCUCUGCGAGUACACCGAUCAUGGGCACUGCGGCGUUCUUCACCCAGACGGGCUGAUCAACAACGAACCCUCCGUUGCGAGACUGGCGGAAGUGGCAGUCAACUACGCAAGAGCAGGAGCGCACUGCGUCGCCCCGAGUGAUAUGAUGGAUGGGAGGAUAAAGGCUAUCAAGCUCGGUUUGAUCGAGGCCGGGUUGGCGGGAAAGACGACGCUGAUGAGCUAUAGUGCCAAGUUUGCCAGCGCACUCUACGGCCCAUUUAGGGAUGCAGUGGACUCUGCCCCUUCCUUUGGAGAUCGACGUUGUUAUCAGCUUCCGCCUGGUGCUAGAGGGCUGGCACGCCGGGCUAUCACGAGGGACUUGGCUGAGGGAGCGGAUAUGAUCAUGGUCAAACCAACGAUGCCCUACCUCGACAUUCUCAGUGAGGCGAGGGAUUUGGCUGGGGACGUCCCAUUGGCUUGCUAUCAGGUUUCGGGGGAAUUUGCAAUGAUACAUGCAGGGGCGAAAGCUGGGGUGUACGAGCUGAGAAGGAUGGCAGAGGAGAGCUGUAUGAGUGCUAGAAGGGCGGGGGCGACGCUCAUUUUGAGCUACUUUACGCCAGAGUUCUUGGAAUGGUUGCCAGCAUAGCUACGCUCAGCAUAGG